AUGUGCAAGCGCCGGAAGAAGAAAUGCGAUGAGAUCAAACCGCGAUGCAGCGACUGCCGUCGUUUAUGCCUCACUUGUGACUGGCCACCUGAACAAAAAUACAAGGCAAAGACUGGCUCUAACGCUACCGAUAUACCCGUCAAGGAGAUAGUGAGCUGCAAUAAUAACAUCGUUGUCCCCGUAUCGACAUCAUCUUACAUGGUCAAACCAAUGGCAGAUAUGAAAAUGCGAGAGAUGUCACUGCGGAACAGUCCCAGUUCUAUGACUGCCUCUUGCGGAGGGAAUCACAUAAACUAUGACGACCAAACUCAGCAUCAUGGCUCUCAAAUAGGCUACGGAGACUUCAACCCUCAAAUCUAUCACCGCACAACUGUGACUGCAGUCGCCUCGUCUGGCGGCGUGCUUUCUUCGGUUGCGAUGUCUGCCCCGUCAGGUGUAAACGACGAACUAGCACCUGAUACGGGCCUCAUAUCAGCAACCACGCCAUACCGGUUCGAUUCCUUCAAACCAAUAACCAAUGGUAGUCCCGUGGUAUCGAUGGAUUCAGUGCCCCCAGCUCAAUCACUAUCCAUCUAUAUUCCGCAUUUUAUGCCCCAAUUGAGUUCUUCCCAAGACAGGUCUCUCUUGAACCACUACGCGACUACUGUUGCGUCGAUACUCUCGCGGAGGGCUUCUGCAGCAAAUCCAUACACUAGCUAUAUUUUACCUAUGGCCCAAUCCAACGAUCUCGUCCUUCAUUGUAUCUUAACACUAUCGGCAAAUCAUUGGCGAAAGCUUCAACCUCAUAUGGGCGAUCGUGGCUUGUUGCACAAGAGCAGAGCCACUCAAGGUCUAGCUGGAAUUCUGCCUCAUAUUGAUGGGAUCAGUGCCGACAUAGCCCUUGUGUGCAGCCUGUUGCUCUGCAUGACAGAAGUAUUCGACGGCACAAGUGAGGGUUGGAAACUACACUUGGAGGGUACUAAGCGCUUAUUGAUUACGGCACAGAAACAACGAUGUGAUGUGGUGACUGGUCGUUAUAAAUUUUUGCUUUGCCUUGCAAGAUUCUUAGACUCUGCCACCACCACGUCGACAUGCAAACCGCCACUUAUAGGGGACGAGGCCGCCGAGGCACAGGCUCUGGAUAGUUGGACGGCUACUCCAGAGGACGAGGAAUCAGCCAUCUAUGGUAUUCCUAAGGUGCUGUUCCAUAUGGUAGACUGUGUCAACACUUUAGCCGAACUCCGAAGCACGAGGGUAGAUCAAACUUCCGAAGCCGCCUUUCGACGACAUGCUACCGAGAUCGAACGUCGGAUCAAUAAUUGGCCACACCAGUACAGUGCCAUGUCGCCGGCAGGUUCAGCUCUUGAGUCUGCUGAUGAUGACGUGUUGCAUGCUGGUCUAGCCUUUGAAUACGCCAUUCGUUUACGGCUUCACCAGAUUGUCGAGGGUUAUGAGCUUACCGAUCCUAAAGUUGGGAAAUAUGUCGACGGCAUUCUCGACUGUGCCCAAAAGAUCCGAUAUGGCAGUCCUCUUGAAUCUUGCAUGCUCUUCCCUCUAGUUAUGGCAGGUGGAUCAUGUUGGACAUUGGAACAUCGGUUAAUAGUCCAAGACAGGCUUCUGGUCAUGGAGCGGACUUGCGGGUUUGGUUACGUCUACAGUGCUAGGGAUCUUAUCGAGAGAGUGUGGUCAAGAAGGGACCAGUCAGAAGGCACAGGAGCAAUUGUAAACUGGGAGCGAAUACGAUGCUACGAGAUGCAAGGGCUUGUGGUAUUCUAG